AUGGCACUGUGUGUAAGAGCAAUUCCAAAUAAAAUACUGUCUUUUGUUGGAACAAUAAGUCAAACGCAGCUCGAUCGCCGGCUGGCAAGACUCAUUGGCACAUCUCAAUUUUUACAUGAGGCUCAGUGCGCACCUAGAAAAAGUUCUCCUGAAUUAAUAAUACCUUCAGCGUACAAUGCAAGAGAAUACCUGAAUAAUUUUAAAAAAAGUACCAACGAAAUAAAUUUGUAUGCAGUUGCUUCACAAUUACCAAAAAAAUCAGUUGAUUUGCCGAAGCAGGAUGAAUUUUCAAGAGAAAAUCCCGAGCAGAGUAGUAAUUAUGGGCAGCCGACUUCAGAAGCGUUGUUGAAAGUCUAUAAAACUCUCCAAACUGAUCUCCCAAGAUUUUUUGUCACAACAAUGGAUUACCGAAUUUAUUCACGAGAGAUUGAAUUUAUAAAUCAUAUUAAAGGCACUGCUACACAAGGCCUUAAUAAUUAUAUGAAACAAAUAUUACUUUUGAGAGUCGGUGGACAUUUAACGUAUGCGUACAUAAAACUUGAAGUGCUAAAAAUUACAAUGCACUCUGAAGACAGUACCAUUAGAGUCAGAUGGAGAAUUAGAGGCCUUUCAACUUAUAAAGCGUUUUUCAAUUUUUGGAAAUUUAAGUGGUUGAAGUCUAUUGGUGGUAUCAAAUCUCUAGAAUCGUGGUACGAUGGAUACUCUGUAUUUUCUGUCAACGCCCAGGGUCAAAUAUACAGACACGUAGCUGAUAAAAUGAUGCCCGAUGAAGAAAUGACCCAAGACAAAGGAAAGCCAGACAUCGCGGCUAAAUUGGCUGCCUGA